AGCCCGGUAGCAUCCUCUCUCAAGUCCAAUCAUUUCAAACUCUAUUUCACUUACAAAGUUCAAUCUUUUCAACUAAACUUGAGACAAAAUGGGCAACGUGACCUCGUCUCUCAACACGGGACCUUUGCAAUCGAUCGCGGACAUCAUUAAAGAUGCAAGAGCUGAUCCAUCAGCUGUUCUCGGAUCGCUCAAUUCCCAAGGUCGUACCCUCGCUUCCACCAUCUCAAGAAGUCUCAAAGAAGCUAGUGAAGACCCAUCAGCCGUGUUGGACUCCCUUAACAUACAUGGCCGCAAUGCCGUAGCCUCGUUGUCGGUCACUGCGAAAGAAAUUGGAUCUGGCCCACGGGUAGCAGAAUUUCUGAAAGUUUUCAAGAAGAGUUGGCACGAGACUAUUGCCCAGCUUCCUGCUUAUCAAAAAAGAAUUCUGGCGCUGGUAUCUGCUUGGUGGAUCCCAUUCACAGCGACUAUUGUCGUUUUGUACCUCUUUGGAGGUUUCGGUAGAGCUGGUAUUCGGGGUGGUUCUCUUGCUUCGGGCUACCAGUCACGGCACUAUGGUGGAUACACGCCUAGAAGCGGCUUCUUUGCUAACUCGACGAGCGAAAGUAUGCGGGGCAAAACACCUACCAUUUACAAGGUUGCUGCUUUAGUAGUUGCUUCUGUGACGGUGGUGGCUGUUUACAAAAGUUGGACUUGAGAAUGAGAGACGGAUUUGAAUUAAAUACCCUCGCUCGGCAUAGCUUCCAAAAGAAUCUCUGCUUCUUGUUUAAUUUUUAAUUUUAUGCAUCUACAAAGAAACUCCGAAUGAUAUAUCGAACCUGAACGAACUUUUUCUACACGCACCUGCUCAAAGAC